AUGAGUUUGCAAGAGAAUAAACUCAUACCUAUUGAUAAAUUACUUAAAAAUUUUGAAAAUGAAUCUUUAAAACCUCAAGUUAUAUUAUUAACUUGUGGUUCUUAUAUUCCUAUUCAUAAUUUUCAUAUUGAAAUUUUUGAAAUUGCAAAAGAAUAUUUAGAAAAAGAAAAAAAUUACAAAGUAGUAUUAGGAUAUAUUUCUCCUUCUCAAGAAACAUAUAUUAUUCAAAAAAAAUACCUUAAAGAAAAAAUCUCAUUAACUGAUAGAAUAGAAAUGAUUAAACUUGUGACAAAUGAAUCCUCAUGGAUUGAUAUAACUACUUGGGAAGUUUUAUCUCCAAAAAAUAAUAAAGAAGUUAUUAGUUAUCAUCAUGUUGUUAAAGAAAUAUUUAAAUAUUUAAAAAAAAAUGAACAAAUCAAACAAUCUUUAAAAGAAAGACAAUUGAAAUUAAUUUAUUUAUGUGGAUUAGAUCAAGUUUCAAAAAAAGAAAGAACUGGAUUAAAACAUUUAGAAAAAUUUGAAAUUGCAAUAAUUGAAAGAUAUCUCAAUGACAAAAAUGAAGAUAAAGAUUGGAAAGACUAUUGUAAAGAAAAAUUUAAAGAAAUGUAUAAGGAAGAUAAGGUAAUAUUGAAUGGGAAAAAAUGUGCAAUCCCAAAGUUGUAG